AUGGUGCUUGAGAGAGACCAAGACAUACCGUCUUCACACAUACCAGUGGUGGACCUAAGCAAUCCCGAUCAAGAGCUAGUGGCGCGUGCGGUGGUGAAAGCGAGCGAAGAAUGGGGGGUUUUUCAGGUGGUCAAUCAUGAAAUCCCCACGGAGUUGAUACAACGUUUGCAGAAUGUCGGGAAGCAAUUCUUCGAGCUCCCUGAUGCGGAGAAAGAAGCCGUGGCGAAACCAUCUGACUCCCGUGAAGGAUACGCGAGGAGAUACGAAUUAGAUACUAGAGAACAAAAUAGGUACGGUCGAUCAGCUCUCUCACAAUAUCUGGCCACCGUCCUCUGUGAACUAUAA